AGAAGCACGUGAGGUCACUCCAGGAAAAAAUACGUCAUCACAGUUUCCGCCAAUCUUUGACGUCAUUUAUCGUUGUAAUGGCGGACAGCAGAAUCAUUGCGACGUCUGCUAUGGUGUUCACAGAAUUCCGCGCAAGAGUUUAAGCGUUCUACACGACUUCGUAUCGCUGUCUAAUCUUCGGGUCUUUAGUGAAAGCGUCAUCAAAAUUUUCUUUGAGGACUGGUUUUAUUUCUUCAGCAUCAUGAAUCGUCUGAAAGCUUUCAUCGCCUGGACGGUGUCGUCGUACGCCUGUCACCACACUGCCAAGGUCUUCCUCACGGAGGUCAGUGCGCUGACUCUUGUCCUCACUCCCGUGCGUGCGGCUGCAGUCCUGUCGUUGGUGCAGUUACUGUGUUGCUGUCUCGUCACCAAGGUGUCGCAGGACAAGUCGGUCAUCGUGGACGAUGCAAAGAAAAUGAAAAAGACGACAAAAGAUGACAAGGCUUGUUAUUACGUUGCUAUGACGAUGCACGUGCUGUCGACGUUUCUGACCAACUGGAGUCUGGCCAGAAUGGAAGCGGCCUCCACGUUGGCCAUCAAGCUGACGGAACCAAUGGUAUCCGCGAUCGUGCAGUGGAUAUGGUUCAGUAAGGGUCUCAACUGUCACGUGUGUGUCAGCCUCCCACUGGUGGUUGGCGGCGCGCUGGUGUUCGUCUCUGACGACGUCACGCAUGUGCAGCAGGCGCUGACCUCUGGCGUAAUGCUGGCCAUGGCAUCUAACGUACUACUGGCUGUCCGCAACGUGGCUAUCAAGGGACUGCACUCUGGUAAGCUAAACGUUAGCUUGAGGUGGAUGGGGUGGAAUCGCAUGGGUAUGACGGCCGGAGUGUCUUUCGUCAUCGUGGCAUCAUCAUCUACCCUGGCCAUCCAUCACGUGCUGUCGCCUGGCACCGAUCUGGCCGUGACGUCGCUGCUGCUGUCGGGGGCGUUUCACGUGACGUACUCGCUGAUCAGCACGAGCGUCAUCCUGCGCGUGCUGGACGUGGUCAGUCACGCUAUGGCCAACGUCAUCAAGCGCAUGUUAGUGGUGGCACUGCUGUACGUCAGUGGGUCACGCAGUGCAUCAGGCGUCAACGCUGCGGGCCUGGCGGUGGCGAGUGUGGGACUCGCUGUGUACGUCAGAGGGAAAGCUGCAGUCAAACCAGAGAGCUGGCGAUGCUGCCCUGUUGGUACUAAUAUCAAAGGUCAGGCGUAUCUUAAAGUACCCACGUUUUUCAGAAGACGUCUCGCCUUGGCUAUAACACUCAUCAGUACGGCAUUAUGCUUGUAUCUCACAUCUACAAACACAUUGCAACCAGUGCAUCUUACCUUGCGGUACCUCAGGGCAGACUACGACCAGCAGUCAUUUCCGCUGAGACCUGAAUGGAGUACACAGUCAGCUCCCUUUGGUCUCAACUGGCCAGGUCCACCAGACAACGCCACACUCUUGUCACAGUGGGCCGACUUCCUGUCUCUGGACUACACCCAGCAUCCCUUCGACACGGACCGCCUGGCGCCUCAUCUCACCACCAACGAGGAGGUCAUCUGGGAGAUACAACGGUUGCACAUGCAGGUGAUGACAUCAUUAUUAGGGGGACGACGUCACGUCAUGCUACUGGAACUUUCUACGUCAGAGAACAAGGGGGAUCCCACCAUCACCGUGGGAGAAGUGGCGCUGCUGCGGAGACUCAACGUCACAGUGGUGUUCUACUGCUCACACUCUCUGUGCAGCAAUGCUAAGCUUAAAGAAGCAUACAAAAUUAGCAGGAACUUUACCCCAUCUUCCCUCAUGAUCCUCCUCCACGGAGGUGGCAACCUUGUGGGGUACCCGAAAUCGGAUUUUAUAAGGAAAACGAUCCUGAAUCUUUUCCCGGACUUCCAAAGCGUGUUGCUCUCUCAGAGCAUAUGGAUUCGCAAGGGUUACGAGAAGCAUCUGAAGAUGUGUAGGGAGCUCUACUCCCACAGGGAGAACCUGACCAUCUUCUUGCGGGACAGACAAUCGCUGGGUCUGGCGCAGGAAUAUUUUCCAGGGACGAAACUCAUGCUGAUGCCUGACAUGGCGUUUGGCCUGGGGUGUGUCCCGCGCACAAUGCCGCCUACACACGACAUCGUGUGGAUUAGGAGAACAGAUGGUGAGUCUUCUCAUUAUAAGAUACCGGAGAUCCCCGCCAACCUCAGCGUGCAAGUAGAAGACUGGUGGAAAUGGACGACGAACACCGGCAAGUCACCCAUGGAGACAGCCUUUUUGAUAGCCUUCAACGGGUUGUCGUUCUUACAGCGUGGGCGCGUGGUGAUCACUGACCGACUACACGGCCACAUCCUGUCCGUGCUGCUGGGAAUCCCUCACGUGCUCAUCGACAACCCUCCCUACUUCAAACUCUCCUCCUUCCGACGCACGUGGACGGCGGGGUUAUCCAACACGGUUCUGGUCACCACAGGGGAGGAGGCUCUGGAGAAGGCGCUAGAGCUUUUACACAAAUACGAGAGUUUCACACCUUCAGUCAUGACCUAUUGGGGAGCAAAGUAUUAACAUACGUUGCAUUUUUGUUUUAUGCAUUUUUACUUUGUAGUACCAUAAAAAUGUCCACUCCGAAUUCUAAAAGUCAUGUUUCUGUAUACAUAGCAUAAUAAGUUCCUGUUUAAUUAAACAACGUAUAUCUAAUAUUAUCGGGACUGGUGUCAGAGACAAUUUAUUUCAAUUCAAGACAUAAAUUACCUAUCUUCCCAUUUAAAGUAAUUUCCUUCAGUUUUAAUACACAUUUCGUCUUUCUCUGGCAUGUUUUUGUGCACUGCUGGAGAGAUUUUUCAGGGAUGCUUCACCACGACAAUGCACCUGCUCACAACGCCCUGAGCAUCCAGCAGUUUCUGGUUAUUUACCUGAUCUUAAUCUAUUUGACGUUUUGCCACACUCUAAAAGCCCCGUUUUAAAAUCGUGGAAGCCAUCAAGUCAGACGUAACGACAAAACUGAGUGACAUCCCAGAAAAAUGUUUUUAGAAGUGCAUAGAAGCGUGAACUUUCUGUUAUUUGUUUCAUAGCAUAGAACUUUCAAGAAGCCAAGCUAACCAUAUUCGGGUGGUUCAGCAAAGCUAAUAUGACGUUUCUUUUUUACUCUAGAAAGAUGAUAGGAUGAUGUGUAAAAUAUGCAGAGGCCACUACAGCUGUGUAUGUCCGAACAUCGGUGUCAUUAUUGUAGAAGGAAAGAUUUCGCUUCGUCGAUUUCCAGCAGAUCCGAUUGACAAACCUGUGGAAGGCGUGGAUAAAAGUGAUGUUCAAGAAGCUUAUUAACAGUCACAAAACAGUUGCCUUUGUUCCGCACACUUCGUGGGAGGUAGCGGCCCCAUGAAGUCAUACGUAGCAGUGUUUUCAUUGUUUACAACCAGACACUUCCAAAACCUCGGUGUUGAGUUCAUUUUACAAUUUCUGUAUCAUCGUUAUGAAGCAGACGUUUUGAUGCGAAUUAUUCGACCAACAUAUUGGCUUAGCUCUGUUAAAGUUUGUUUAGAAGUGUAAAGCAUCAUAAUAAUAAUUUAAUAAAGUGUUGUCA